GAUGCAAAUCCAUUAAGGACAUGUUGUUGCCAGACUUGGCGAAUCAAUAAUUGUGGAAUUUUUAUAAGCAUACGAAAUUAAUACUGUAAGGUUUUGGAUGUGGGAUAUUGAUGAUAGACAAACAGACAUACAAGUAUUAACAGUAACAGCUGAUAGGAUGACUGAAAAAGUCAUUUAUGAUGGUAAUGCCCAAGCUUGAAAUACAUCUUGCAAAAUUAUCUGAUUAAUUGGUUUCCGG